AUGUCGGAUUCUGUCUCCGAUAAAGAGUCGUCGUUUGAGUUUCUCAACGAAUCGGAUGCGUCUGAUGGAGAGUUGGAGCAAAUUACUAAGGCUUCUGACGGCAUGGAAGAUCAGGUUAUCAAACCAGGCGCACCUGCUCAGACCGUAGCUCACAAGGUCAACACUCCUCGUGCUACUUCUCCAGCAAAAUUUCCACCUACCGCUGCUAACAAAUUGAUUGUCUCUUUGAUUAUAGCCUGUUUAAUUCUCUUCAUAAUGGUUUGCGUAUUCAUUGAAGCUCACAUACGACACCUCGAGCUCUGCGCCACUAAGAUUACAGCAACAAAACUUAGGGAAGACCAGAUUAGCCAAGAACUGGAGAGAGUGAAGAGAGACUUGCAACGCGAGACUUCCGCAAGAGAUGAGAUCAUCAAACAAUACGAGAUUUCCGCUAGAGACAAGAUCAUCGAGGAACUGAAGAACGAUAAAAGAGACUUGCAGAAAGUGAUCGACAUGAAAGAACGGAAAGACAGUUUCAUGAAGAUCAAAUGUUUGGAGGAUAUUCCAGAGAAACUGAUGGACAAGUGGAUUCUAGAGGAGAACGAAUUUCAAGAAAUUGACGAAUUCGAUCAACCUUUCGGGGAUAGUCGCCCAAUUUUCACGAAACUUUCUGAAACCCAAAUGAGAUUGAAGCUGAUUGAUAAUAAAGAACCGUAUACGCUCUGGGUGGAUAAUUGCUUGAUGGAAGGACCGUGUACCUAUACAAUUAAAACCGAUGAAGGCGUCUUUGGUCAGGUUUUCGUGAAAGAAGGACUUCUGUAUAUUAUCUUGGGAGCACCGGAAGAGGAAAAGAUCAAGCUCGUCUACAUUAUGCCGGAAGAAUAUCUGUAA